GCAGCAAAUCUUGAACUUGCACUUCCAAUGUUCGAUCCUUCAAUGCCUAUGUCGUCCAACAGCCUUAACAUCAAUCUUGAAAAUAUAGAUCUAUGCGAAGUUUUCGGUGUUCGUAGAUCAUCAACAUCCUCGCCUGGAUCUGGUCAGUCUAAAAAUAGUUUCCAAUGUACCUGGUGCGAGAUCAACUCUGCAGGACGUUGUCUAGAUUGCAACGAAACAUUAUGCAACGAUUGUUUAACAAAUCAUCGGCAUAUUCCAUCCAUGGAAAACCAUACUUUACUCCUAGAGAAUAACUCACAAAUGUUCUGCAAUCUUCUUUGUGAAGCACAUAAAGAGGUCUAUACAUUUGUUUGCGAAACAUGCAGGAAACUUGUUUGCCAAUGCUGCACCAUACGUGACCAUCCAGGACAUACGUAUGUACCAUUAUCAACCUACAUAAACACUGCCAUGACCAAGGUAGAAACUGCGCUUGAUAGUACUAAAUUGGGGACAAAGUGUGUCAAAGGCAGUAUCGAUCGGGCACUACAUUUUUCCCGAGCCAUCGAACGCGAUGCUAAUGAUAUGGUUCAACAAAUCCGUAAAAGUUUCCGUGUAAUAUACACUGCAGUGGAGGAGCGCGAACGUCAACUCCUUGAGAUGGUGGAACGAUUCCGCCAACGGAAACAAACCCAAUUCUCUGAACAGACGGCUGGCCUUCGUUCUGCUCUUUCUGGACUUGCCCAAAAUGCCGAAAUGAUGACCAAAGUUGGGAAUAAUCUAACACGAAUGGAUCCUGUCGAAGUUGCGCAUAUCAUUACAAAAUCGCAAUGUCAACUGGAGCAAUUCGCUUUGAUCUACCAGGAUCUGCAACCGAAGCAAGAGUUUUACAUUUACGUCCCUCCUUCAAUAACUUUGGCUUCUGAAAUCCGUUCGCAAGCAGAUGUAGUUAUCUCUGACACUAAGGUGGUUCCAGGUUCCAGUAACUUUGCAGCGGCUGUAGGAGCAGGUCGUCGUCCAAUAAUGCGAGAUUACACUGAACUCACCCCGCAACAGCUUGCGGAUUGCGAAACUGCAUUCAGUAUUGGAGCUGUUCCUGUAAAGACUCCAGGUCCGGCUGUUCGUAUCGGUCAAUGCAUCCCUGGAAGUUAUGAGAAGGUUUCUGUUAGAAAAUCACCAAUGCCUACCAGAACCUUUGCUACUGAUGGCCAUGAAGACGGUCAAGUGAGUCGGCCAUGGGGAGUCUGCGUUGAUAAAGAAGGCACUGUCUAUAUAUCAGAUCGUCGCAAUAAUCGUGUUCAAGUUUUCACUGGGGAUGGAGUUUUCAAGUUUAAAUUCGGCUGUAAAGGAGCUGGAAAUGGACAAUUCGACCUUCCUGCCGGGAUUUGUAUCGAUUGUGAUAGUAGAAUAAUUGUAGUUGAUAAAGAUAACCAUCGUGUUCAGAUCUUUUCGAGUAUGGGAAGAUUCUUAAAUAAAUUCGGAUGUUUCGGUCGUGAAUUUGGACAAUUCCAAUAUCCGUGGGAUGUUGCUGUGAACACGCGACGUCAAAUUGUUGUUACUGAUUCAAGGAAUCAUCGCAUACAGCAAUUUGACUCCGAAGGACGUUUUAUCAAGCAUUUCAUUUUUGAUAAUUUCACCCACUGCAAAGGUCCAUCAUCGCCACGCGGAGUUUGCUUCACACCAGGUGGCGAGAUUAUCGUUUCCGAUUUCGAUAAUCAUUGCCUUAUGCUGUUGGAUUCUGACAUGGCAAAUAUUCUAGCGGCUAAAGGUCAUGAAGGAUCUGGAGUUCAGGAGUUCAAUCGACCAUCUGGAUUGUGUUGCGAUGAUGAUGGAAACAUUAUAGUCGCUGAUUCGAAAAAUCAACGUGUUCUCGUGUUCACCGGGGGUCUAGAAUAUCUAUGGACUAUUGAGAUUCGUCCAUCUUUGAAUCCUCACUACACAUCCUCUCUCGACGAGAAAGACAGACCUUGUGACGUAGCUUUGCUACCAGAUGGUCGUAUCGUUAUUAUGGUUGAACUCUCGCCGGAUGCUAGGGACAGUUCAAAUCCACUCAAGAAAUUUGUGCAAAUUUACUAGAACGUUAUUCUAUGCACUACUCAUUUGUUGAGACAAUUCAGAAUAAUUUCGAAGGAAGGAAGGAAGUAAGGAAGGGUAGGGCUUUUUUUUGCGUUCCGCAGUUAUUUGAAGUUUUAUAUAUAAAACUAGGAAAUGAUCCAAGUUGAGACUGUCUAAACCGUAAGACUGAAUCAGUACAAAAAGAGAAAAAUUAAAUUUUAUUAAAGACUGAAAAUGUAAGACACUUAGGAAAAUUUUUUUUCAAUGUAUUAACAUUGAAUUUAUAACCCACGAUGAUGUUGUAAGGUAUAUUUGUGUUUGAGAGACUGAAUAUCGUAAUAUUAAUAGUUAAUUUUAUAUACACGUUUACAUAUAUAUGCUUAGAGGAAGAA